CAGCUUUGUAUAAAGUCCAAAUGUAAUUGCAUGACUUGCCAACCUGAUUCGUUAGUGGCAAAAACGACUGUCCAAUAAAAGUCGACAGAAGGCGGAACUUCCGGUAAAAGGGGGCGUUAUCUUAUUUGGAGGGAAGUUUAACAAAGCAGUCAUACAGCGAUGGCAGUAUAUGUCAACAAAUACAUAGAAGAUAUAACAGAUGUAACAAAACGCACGGAACAUGUAAAACUUCUAGGGUUGUUGUUUUGUGUUUGUGUAAAGAUGCAACGUUAUCGUGAUAAUUAUUUAAGACGCGUGUGAAUUCUUAUCGCUUUUGUUUUGGUAGCGUGUUAGCCUCCAGCUAGCUGGGUGAAUGUUUUCUGCGGACAAAACACAUAUGGCGAUCCAUACACAUUUAUAGAUAUUUUUACUCUACAAUUAUUAUUAAUUAUGGAUCAAAGGACGAGAAGACUUGGAAGUCAACUAUGUAAAGCUGUGAACGACGGAGACCCCAGAUUGGUGCAGCUGCUUCUGGCACAAGGGGCAUGUCCGGACCUAGUGGGCAGGAAAGGGGCGGCUGCCAUACACUUAGCUGUUGGCAAGGAGACUGAGAAGAACACACGAUGCUUGAAAAUAUUACUGCAGUUUGGAGCCAACCCCAAUAUCAGGUCAUCAGAGGGUCUGACUCCUGUUCACGUUGCUGCACUGUGGGGAUGCUUUCAAAAUCUGAAGAUGCUUUUGAUGAAUGGAGGUGAUCCAAAUGUGAAAGAUAAUGAAGGGAACCUACCGAGGCAGCUCGCAGAGCAACAAGAGAAUCGGAAGUGUGCACUGCUCCUUCAGGAGUAUGAAGCCAGCUCAGCAGACGCAGAGCAGGAUGGGUUUCCUCAGUUCCAAUAUUCGGUGUAUUCAGGCCAAAGCGACACGUCCGAUUAUCCAGCUUCAGACUACAGCUUCAGUUCUCGCUCAUCUAUCAUAAGUGACUUUGGCGACGCCGUGUUGAGCAGCACAAGACGCUCAUCAUCGCUUUUUAACCUUUCUCACCUUAACGAUGGCCUGCACUCCAGAGGAGUUCCAUCUAGUAGAUUUUCUAAUGUGCACACUACAAAGGAGGCCUGGAACAAUUCCUAUGCGCACUGGGCGGCAGAGGCGCCGUCCUUAUUAUCAAGUACACGAGUUUCAUCUUUUGAACAUGCAGCCCCAAUGCCAGUUCUUAAGGAGGAUGAUUUAUUUACCCACGAAGAUGUUUCCACUAUAAAAAAUAAUGAGCAGGCCUCUCCAUCCAGGCGAGAAACGCUCCCUGCUCUUUCCCCCAGACGUGUCAGCCGCAAGAGUGUGAGCUUCAGGGAUGUAGAUGAAUUUUUCCCAGUUUUUAGUCCUCAAUCGCCCCAAAAGCCCAGCAUUAAUAGCAGCCAGUGCAACAGCAACCUAUCCUUUGACCUUACCGAGUAUUCUGAUUUUCUGGAUUCAGAACGUAUGGUGACAGUUUUAAACAAGCAGGGUCUGGACGUGACCUCCCCGGAUCAUGUGUAUGUCUUCUGCAGAGAUAGCAGCACGAGCACCGACGAGGACAUGGAUAAAACUGUAAUUAGUCACGUUGCUACAGAAGAAAGUGAUAAUGAACAGCUGGGAGAAAUAGUUAAAGACACUCGGGUGAAUGUACCUGAACAGCCAGUGCGUUUGUGUAAAGGCAGCAGUAGCAGCGGGACCUCUGGUAGUUACAGCAGCUGUGACAGCGACCAUUACACCAGUGCUCUUGAUGUUUCAACUCACCCUAGGUGUGAACCACUCUCUGAGGAAAAGGUGACUUUUGUUGACACUCAAACGUGUACAUUUAAACCCACAAGUUCCACAACUAUGUGCCACGAUGGGAAUCUCCCCCAGGAUCAAACCCAGAUUGACUCUGGAGCUGAAACACUAAAGCAGGUAUUUGAUCGAUUCAAGUUAGAGGAGACAAAACACACAGAGACUGAAGCACCAGCUGAUCAUUCUGUUAUUCACAGUACAGAUAGUGCUGACAAUGUAUCAACCAGUUUAACUGCACACAAAUCGGAUGCAGUUGCAGUCAAAGUAUCAGAUGAAAUAUCCGACCUUCCAUUCACACCAAGUCCUUUUGUGACUGGCAGGACUCGUUCACGUUUGAGUCGCUGUUCACUGAGAACAAGCCAAACACCCGAGAGCCUCUUCACAUCCUCUCUGUUCGAGGAGAGCAUACCUUCACCUGUUCGAUCACGCCGGGGGACGCCAAGGUCUCAAAGCAGUAAAGAGUAUUACCGGUCACCGCAUGUACCGUAUGAGGUUUCAACCCAUUCAGCGGACGACACUGCAUCACAGUCCUUGGCUGGGGAUUGCCAGGACACACUGUCCAGCACCACUAGACCUGGUUCAUUUGAUAGCAGCAGCCAGGCAGAUACCCUCAUCCUACCGAAGAGCCAGCCUGAUCCAGCCGCUGAAUCACAGACUUUAUCAGAUACAUUAAUAUUGGAGAAAAAACAGGUCUCUAUGACGGAUGCGUAUGAAAGAAUCAUUGCAGAAAUUGCUCUAGAAAUGCAAGAGAAUCCUUCAGAAGGCGAGUUCUUGACAGACGAUCUGACGAGCACAGACGAGGCAGCAACAAAAGUAGAUUUAAAUACCAACCCUGUACUGGAUGAAGUGGACGAAGAUGCCUGCAUCACAGAGGACAGGGGCUCUCAGACAGCCUCUGUGUCAUCUUCGUCCAGCUCUAGCUAUUUUUCCCCAAGGAGGUCCAGGGAAGACUCUGACCCUGUGUCCACACCUGGUACUGGAUGCACCCCCAGAUACAGCAUGAGCAGAUUGCCUGGUUGGCGCAGGUCAAACCCGCUGUCAAACCUGUCUUUCACACCAGGAGGGCGUCCACUUGUACAGGACCUGGACGAGCCGGUGGAGUACUUGUACACCGACACAGAACGGGGCCACAAGCUGAUCGAAACCCACGUCCCUCCGACAACGAACACCUCCCUAAGUUCCAGCAUGAACAGCACCAGCAGUGAGGAGACGCUCCUUUAUGACUGGAGGUCCAUGCAGGCUGACCCGCCGAACAACAAAGGAAAAGAAAACCAGGAGCCGCGACAGGCGACGCAGGAUAAAGGACACAGCGGUGAGUGCGAGGACAGUCUGUUGCAAAAGACUAAAGGAAUGACGGACAGAGAGCUGAGACUGAGGCUGGUGGAGUUUGGCGAGAGUCCAGGACCAAUCAGCAGACACACCAGACCCACAUACAUGAAGAGACUGUGUCGCCUGCUGCAGGAGUCCAGCUGUCCAUCACUGAAUGACCAGAAGCAGAGAGACCAACCACAAGUACAGACAGUUGAUUUAGGUUAUAGUCCAGAACUGAGUCGGGUCCUUCAGACCUUCCAGCUUCCCAACAGCCAGGCAGACGAGCAGGAGCUGUGUCUGCAGUUUGAUCAACCAGACCAGAACAGGAAGUGGAGGGAGGGUGUCAUCAAGUCCAGCUUUAACUAUCUGCUGCUAGAUCCAAGGGUGACGAAAAACCUCCCCUUCCGCAGUCACACCAUGACUCCUCAGGAGUGUUUCCAGACAUUUGUCAAUGCUAUUUUUUACAUUGGCAAAGGGAAACGCUCUCGUCCCUACAGCCACUUAUAUGAGGCUUUGGAAUACUACAGAGAGGAGAAGACCGCCAAGAAACUCUGUCCUAAAGUGCAGCACAUCCUUCAGGUGUGGACGGCUGGGCAGGGUGUCAUCUCCUUGCAUUGUUUCCAGAAUGUUAUUCCAGUGGAGGCGUAUACAAGAGAGGCCUGUAUGGUGGAAGCCAUUGGUUUGAAGAUGCUGACCAAUCAGAAAAAAGGUGACUUUUAUGGGGUGGUGUCCAAUUGGCAGUCGAAGCGAAAACGGGAGCUCGGCGUCCACCUGCUCUACCGAGCCAUGCAGAUCUUCCUGGCUGAGGGUGAGAGGCAGCUCCGACCAGCAGACAUUAGACAGUAGUGACCUCUACUGGUGAAGGUAAUGCACAGCAGCAUAGGACGAGACACAAGGCGGAAAAGUCACAGAGCCCACAGACAAUAUUUUCAGUUUUUUUUUUUAAUUGAACACAUCUACUGAUUGAUCUGAGCCUAAUUAUUGAUCACUUUAUCUAGUUAUUUAUUUUUCUUAUCCAGGUGACACUACACAUACCAAAGCAAUUUUUUUUCUUUUUUUUAUCAUCUUCUAUAAUGGUAUCCAUCAUUUUAUACAUCAGUUAAUGGAAUAAAAAAUAAUCAUUGUCAACAAGAGAAAUAUUAACAGAUGAAUCUUUGCAAUUAACCAUGUUAGUUUUCUACUGUUCAAAACCGUGUAAUUUCUCAGGAACCAGAAAAUGAUAAAAACAGGAACAAUUAGUUCAAACAACUGUGAUGAUAACGUCCCCUUGAUUUACCUUAAAAAAACUGCUUUUAAUAAUUCAUGUUCAUUGACUUCCUCAUUGACGCAGCGAUUAGAAGACAUGGGUGUGACUAUAAUGGCCUUGUAGAUUUAGUGUUUUUAUAUGUCUAAUAAAAGGUCAAUCUGGUACGAUCUAAAAUAGUAAUGAGCGAGUAGAUGACAGUAAGUCGCAGGAAUAUAAUAUAUGUGUAUUUUUAACUGGCUUUGUUGGCUUUGUUCGUGUGUUGGUUUACAUUUCUCUAGACAUGUGAUGAUGUUGAAGCCUCUGGAAAAAUUUUUGUGUUUCUUGUUUUUAUAUCCUUAAAACAUGACUAGACCAGUGCAGAAAGAUGCUGCUAGUGCAUGAGACCUGCAGAUGUUGUGCUUAGCUGAAGUUGUUUGUUUUUGUUGUGUUUGGGGGAGGGGGGAUCCUC